GCGUGACGGAGGCUUGAUGAUAGUGUCGGACAAACAACCGCAGCUGGGCCAAAGUGAAGGCUUUGCUCGUGUGUUCGUCGCUCGGCGAUGGCUCUCUCCUCGGCCCCUUCCAAGGCCAAGAACACACCCAACGCAAUAAAGCGCCUAACGAACCGAAAGCCGUUCUCCAUGGCCAAGCAACAGUGUCACGGACGGUGGAAAAAGCAUGUGUCACUCACUGCGUCCAUCCCCAGCCCCACCCCAAUGCAACGUAACCAAGCCAGGAAAGACAAAACACUUGGAGCUGGUCAAAAGGCGACGCUGCCGAGAAAGACAGCGGCAGAUCUCAUCUACGUCGUGGCACCCAUCCGUCCGUCCCAUCCAUCAGAUGAUGUACUUGUUCAUGAAUUUGCGGUGGAACUCGCUGCGCACCACGUCGUUGAUGAAUCUGCGCGCGCACACACACAGAGAGACAAUCAGAGAGAGAGAGAGAGAGAGAUAUGAGAUCCAUCCACGAGCCGGAUGCCGUAUCUGUGACCCACCCACCGUUUCUGUGCCUUGGGCGCGCCCUUGGCCUGGUUCUUGAAAACGACAUCGUCAUCCCACCUUCGCACACACAUGCGCCACACCCAAGGCAGUCAAUCACGGUCAUCCAGUCCAGUGAGCUUUGUGUGUCCGUGUAUAGGUGCAGUGAGUGAGUGUGGCUCCCUCACCCACCUGCGCUUGACUGAGACGUCCGCGCCGGUCAUGAGCGGGUUGCUCCUGAGCACCUGCUCCCGACGCGCCUCCUCCUCGGCACGACCCUCUGCCUCACGCUGAGCGAUGAUGGCCACACCACACACAUUCACACACACAACGCGAGAGACGUCGGGAAGGACGUGUGUGUGUCUGUGUGCUGGGUGUGACGGACCUUGCUUCGCUCCUCCUCCUCGCGCUCCCUUUUGAUUUUCUCCAGCUCCCGGCGCAGCUCGGCCUCCUCCUCGUCAUCAUCGUCAUCCUCCUCCUCCUCGUCGCUGUCGUUGACGUCGCCCGGCUCGUCGUCGGCAUCCUGCGGAAACAUGUUCGGGAUCGACUCUGGCAAACACAUUAUGACACACACACACACAAAUGCACACACACGCGCACAAAUGCACACAGAGAUGUGUGUGUGUGUAGGUCAGGUCACCCACCUGGCACUGCGGCGGCGGUGAGCGUGAGUGGCUUGGCGCUGGAUUCCACCUCACUGGGGGCCACACGAUUCCUGACAAGACAGACACCCACGCGCAUAGCACACACAACACACCACCACACCAGUCAGCGGUGAUUUAUGACAGACACGCCGACCACCAUGCGUGUGGCUCACUUACUCCGCCAGUUUCUUCGCCGCAUAGUGACGGCGCUCCUUCUCCUCCAACUCAGCCUGCACCAACCACAAACACACACAGCUUUACUGAGGAUGCAUCGCCCUCCCCUCCUCUCCCUACCUUGAGGUCCUUGGCCUUGAUCUCCUCCUCGGUGCCCUGGCCCUCCUGGCGCUGCUUCAUAGUCAUCUGGCCGGGAAGGUCGCGAGACGACAACUUGACACUCGCUAUCGACACCCUCGUGCCACCUGACAACCACGAACAGACAGCCAUGACAGACACGAGGUGAGAGUGCGCGUCGAGAGUCUUCCUCCCCUCCCUUUGUCCCUGGUCGUGCCAUCUACAUCUGCCUGCCCGUGUGAUGCUCACCUUGUCCCUCGCCGCCGAGGGCCUGGUGGUACGUCGGUCGGUGCGCUGUCGUCAUGAUGCCAACUCACUCGACAAACUGAUACUCCAGAUGCACGAAUACUGGAC